AUGGCGGUCAGUCUAUUCAUCACGAUUCUCCUCCUUUUCCAUCAAAUCUCUUCGUCGAUUCAACAAAGCGAUCAAUUCGAUCAAUUCAGAUCUCCGAAUGAUCGAGCUGAAAUUCCGUGUCGUGAUGAAUGGUUGUAUCUUGAAAACACCGCUUCUUGGUACAAGGCUUUCGCUCAAGAAAUAGAGUUUGAUGAAGCCGUGGAAUAUUGUGUGGAACAAAAGGGUCACUUGGUCUCAAUUCACAGUCAGGAAGAGAACGAUUUUGUUCAGGAACUCGCAAAAACUAUUCAUUCGAAUUCUCACUACUGGAUCGGGCUGAAGCGCAAUCCGAACAACGAAUAUUCUUUGGAAUGGACGGAUGGAAGUGCGCUGGAUUUCACGAAUUGGAUAUGGGGAGAUCCGGAUUUCGACACCAAUGCUAUGCUUUGGAGCAUGAAUGGGAAAUGGUCGCUCUUUCUUCCAUGGGAUCAAUUCGCCAGUUUUAUCUGCAAAAGAAGCUCUCAAUUC